AUGUCUGCUCACUUGGAAGAGCAGGCAUCCACUCAGGCAGGCAUGCUCUUCAACACCAAGAGACAACUGUUCCAACGCGUCCCACCAAUUCCGCCAGCCAUCGAUCUCGCGGGCAAGACGGUAUUGGUGACUGGCUCCAAUAUCGGCCUCGGUCUGGAAUGUUCGCGCCAAUUCCUAAAUCUGCGCCCAAGCCGACUUAUUAUGGCCGUGCGGUCCCUCCCAAAAGGCGAGGCCGCGGCGGUGAGCCUACGGGCCGAGUUCCCAGAUGCGAAAAUCGAAGUUUGGCAGCUUGACAUGGAGUCCUUUCGUUCGGUGCAAGCCUUUGCAGCAAAAUGUGAGCAGGAACUGGACCGGCUCCACGUCGCGGUGCUGAAUGCGGCUUUGGGCAAGUUCAAGUUUGAUCGUACCGAGGAAGGGUGCAACCGGGAGACGACCAUCCAGGUCAACUACUUGUCCACCACAUUACUGGCUAUUCUUCUUAUUCCUAAGAUGAAGCCAUCCGCAUCAUCAUCCGGGCCGGGCCGUCUAACAAUGAUCACUUCCGACGCGUCACUCUGGGUCAAGCUCAAGGAUGCUGGCUCUGGUGGGCUCCUUGAUUCCAUAGAUCGACCAGAGAAUUUUGAUGGAUUCGAGCAGUACUCAAGGUCUAAGCUUCUGAUUAACAUGUUCGGUGCGAGGCUGGCUGACUUCCUCGACCCGGAUGAAGUUAUCGUCAACUGCUGCAACCCAGGCGCGGUCAAGGGCACGGCGUUCAUGCGUAAUGCGGACUCGUGGUUCUUUAAAACAGCCAUCUCCCUUAUCAUGAGAAUCGUAGGUCGAACAAUGGUGGACGGUGCGAGAGUAUAUGUGCACUCGUGUCUGGUGCUGGGAAAGAAGAGCCACGGCUCGUUUACAGACUGGCAGAUCAGAGCGUGGCCUGAAACUAUGUACGGGGCCCUAGGUUAUGAGUUAGGGACCAAAGUCUGGAACGAGACAAUUGAGGAGCUUCGCUUUGCUGGCGUUGAGAACGUGGUAGGUAGAGUAGGGAAAUAA